GUCCCGUCAGCGCCGCUCGGGGCUCAACGGCCCUUCCGUGCCGCCGCAGCUCGUAGCGCAACGCCCCGGGGCACCUUUCGGUGCUGAAGCGGGGUCGGUGUGGCAGGCCGCCGGUUCUCGGUGUGCUGGCGGGCCUGGAACCUUUACUGAAGCACUGAGCUUGCUUUCUGCCAGUCUGUUCAGUGCUGCACCAUGACGACUGCCCCAGCAGAUAGCUCUGGUAACUAUGAAAAGUGACAGACGGAAUUGAGCCAGAGUUCCAGCAGCUCUGGUUUGGAUUAUUCAGAAAAUACCUUUGAGCCCUUCAGCGAGGAGGAAGCAGCCUGCUGGCAGUGAGAGAGCGAACCAUCUGAAUUGUAUUGUUCCACAGGGGAUUUAGAGUGGUCUGCUGCAUGAGAUACGUUGGCAAGCAUGUCACAGCUGGCAGGCCAAAAUCUCGCAGAUGAGCAGUCUGAAGUAGUGGAUUCUGCAGCUAUAGAAAGAGAUGUCCUGGGAAAAUGGAUCGAUCUAAAAAAUAAAGCAGCUGGUGUUAAGCAAGACAAAACACAUGCUGGAAUGACUGAAUUAUUAGAUGGAGAACUGGAUGCUCUCCGGUCUUUUUGCACCAUUAAGAUAAGUAAGAUGCGUCAGCGGCUGAUCUCUAAGCAGGCAAAUGGCGGCAAGUCAAGAAAGCCGCAGCAUGGAUUCACAGCAAAGAAACUGGGGACAAGUGACUUGAACUGCAUUGUUCCUGAUCGGCUAAUGAACAGAAUCCGCCUGAAAAAUGCCAGAGAGACUGUUAAACAGGUGACAGAAGCUCAAAUCCACGAAUCAUCAGUGUGCCCUGACUGUCAGAAGAAGGAAGCAGAGCUAGCCAAAGUUACCUUUCUCAGACAAAAGAAGAUUCUGAUGGAAAGUGCUUUAAUCCAAGAGAAAUUGGAAGAACAGAUUUACUCCAGAGAUGUGCUUACACAUAUAGGAGAAGCAGUCAGAAGCCUUCCCAAACCUUCAGAGGAUCCCAGGAACUUAUGGCAAAGACUGAAAGGUCAGAAAAUGUGCAGCCUGAAAGUAGUAAAUAUAACUGAAGGACAUAAAGAACUGGGAGAGUUUUCUGCGGGCAGUCAUGUACUGAAUGCCAACGAUUGUGGAUGUAACCUGUUUUGUCAGUGAUGAAUUGAGUAGUGGUUUAAUAUUCUUGCAGGUGGAACCAGAUAUGCCCAGCAUGCUGGCAUCUGGGUUAUGAUUCAACUCUUCAUUCUUCCUAAAUGCAAAUGUUGCAAUAUAAUGUAAUCCAACUAUACACGGUUUUUAAAUUACAGAAGCCAACAUUUUCUAUUAUUAAUCUGACAAGAAAUAGGUAUUGUUUUUUUGUGGGAUUGCUUGUGGGAUUUCAGAGCAGUUCUCAGCUGCUGCCAUCUGUAAGAAAAAUAACUGAUUCCGUUUUUUGGGGCAGGGAGGUAUAAUUACUGGCUUUCAGCUUGGUCUUUGCCCACUGUCUCAUAUUAAAUUGCAAGUGAGAGCCCCAGGUGGAGGAGAAAAAGAAGGUUGGAAAGUAACUAUAGAAAGGAGGAAAAUGAAAUGGGGUAUUUAUAGAACUGAAAUAAUGAGACUGUAACAGAAAUUAAUCAGCAAGACUGAGGAUGCCAACAGGACAAGAAAUGAUAAUAAAUUAAUCAUAGAACCUAUAUAGGAUAGCUGUCUAGGAAGAGAAAAAACAACAUGGAUUAAAAUUGUAAUAAGAUGCCAGAUAAUAUUUUUGACUGUUUUUUGAAUAGACUGUGGAAUUUGUUGGCGUUUUCCGUGAUUUUUCAAGAUGGCAAAGUCACUCUCUUUCAAAGAAUAUAUCUGGAUGAAAGAUUGGUAUUCAGUAUGCAGCCAAAUAAAAUGGCUUUAUGCUGGGGAUCUGAGUGGGUUAGACAAUGAAAUCAUCCUCAUUGUAGCCUCAAAAGAUGUAUGCUGAUCUCUGGGCACAAAUGCAGCCCACCUUUCUGAUUAUUGCUGACAACAGGAGCAAAUUGCAUUGCUCUUGCAGUGACCUCGUGGCUGGUGGACUUGUGUUAAAGUUACUGACUCUCAUCAGUCUCCAGUUUCCUGACUUCCACGCAUUUAGAUCUCUGAAGGCUGUGGAAAUCGUGAAGGAAUAUCCUUAUCUAUGAACUCUUACUGAAUUCCUGUUACAAAGAAAAUAGAAUUAAAUCUUACUGUUGCAUUUUAUUUUCCCAUUUUGGGACAAGAAUAUGUAUCAUUGGUUUCGUAUUUUAUAUCCAUGUACCUAUUUUCUUUUGUAUGCUAUUUAUCAUUUAUAAGAGUGCUUGAGGGCUGUUCAGCCUCUUGUUUUCGCUUCCCACAAAUCAGUGGAAAACCUGAAUAGAAAUGCUAGGCUUUAGAGGUCGAUAGGCCCACCUAUGUUAGCAAAUAUCUGCCUUUUGGUGCUUAAAAACCUACCUUGAAUGAUUUCACUGGGAGUUGAUCCUGAGUAGGUCAAGCCUCAAGUGAAAACGUGAUGCAGCCCUAAGCUGUUCAAAGCUAGUUGUCCUCACUGCUUCAUCGGCAGUUUAUUCUGGUUUCUUGUUAACAGCAGGUUUAAUAGUCCACCAAAAGUAUUCCCCUAAGCUUGGCUUUAACUUUUGAAUUGUCACUGCAGAUUACAUAGCUACCUAUUUAAUGAAUAAACUGCUGCUCGUUUCUGCCCAUUACUCUCUAAUCCUUAGAAAUGUUCAAAUCCCUUAAAUCUCCUACCUUCCAAUCUAUAAACCUUUUCUUUUUAGAUACUCCAUCUCUCUUCCUUAUUUGCUUUAGACUACGCUCCCUAUUUCUCUCGAGUCUUUCCAAGUCUCUCGCAAUCUGGUUAACCCUAGGCAAAGGACGCUCCUGAGCCCGUGCGAAGUCUGAUAAGGGCUGUCAGAUACAGAAGUGCUGAUUGGGAAUUGAAUCCUUUGAAAAUGUAAUUUUGUUGUUAUUGUCAAUGAACACAGCUUUCAGCCCUUACAAAAAUGCAGCAAUUGAGUUCCAGGACUCUAAAUAUAGAUUGAUUAUUUUUAUAAGUAAAAGAAGACAUUUUGGUAUUUUUGCUUUCAGUACAUAGAUGCUUUCUAGAAAUACUGAAAUAUUUCUUUGCAACUGUGAGCUAUUUGGGUUAGGCAUCUGACAAUGUUUUUCUGUGAAACGAUUCAUACAGCACCGUGGCUGUACAGUUCUUGUUUGUUUGCAUAAAUGUUACAAAGACAAUUCAGAUAGCUCCUCUGAAAAAUCAAAGCAUGUUUUGCUUAUGUCUGUGGCAUGCAUUUUCCUACUGCUCACUACAAUUCUUUCAUUUUUUUUUAAUCAAGAAUGACUUUGAGAUCUGAGUGUUUGUCUUCGGUUUUUCUUGUAGCAGCUAUUAGGGAUGUACAAUGGAAUGAAUGAUCUGAGUCUCUAAAUAAUUUAUUUCAUAAUCCUGCAGUGUUUGAAACUAGAGAUCCAAAAAUUCUGACAUGGAGGAUGUAGGGGGAAAAAAAAUGUAGAUCAUGUUUCUUCCUUUCCCCCCUCACAGGGGGGAGCUUCUCCCCCCUUCCUCAGCAGUAGAUUUUUCUUUUGAUCCAAAGAAACGCUCUAAAACUGUGUUCAAGAAAUCUGUAUUCCUCUGCUCCCUUGUUUGUACUUGCCGGAGCAUAAAAGGAGUGAGGUGGAUCAAGGGUGAUUCAUAUGGUAAGCAGCUGUAGUACUGAAACAAAUCAAUCUGCCUGUUAAAAGUACUUUGGAGCUCUUUCUUUCUAGCUUUCAUGCUACACAGAGUUGCAUUAUUUAAUCUUCUGAAUGAUUUGUGAUGUAGUAGAGUGUAUUGCUCUGAACUUUGUACAAAUACAGAAGGUUUUUUCAUAUAUACAGUGGUUUAUAUUACGUGUAUGCUGAUAUCUGGUUUUGUGAGGUUAUACUUUAUAACUGACCUAUUGGAUACGUUCCUCAAAUUAUCAUUAAAAUCGGUUUCCUGUGGACUGCAGCAAUGUAAUUUCCACUUUCGUUUGCCCUAGCUUUCUCUAUAAAACAAAAGUUAACCUGGCUUCCAGGCUCAGUCAUUCCUUAGUCUUGUUUCUAACCAUCUGUUGGGCCAUGGAAGUUGAAAGUUUAUCCUAGAGGAGAAACAAAUACCACCUCGUUCACAGUAGGCUACUAGCACAUGUUGGAGUGAGAAUAAGGUUUUAGUGCGAGUAACUUGCCUGGGUAUGAACUGGGAACAAAGGUAAACACGUUUGAAUACUGAUUUCCAGCUCCUUGUGAAAGAUGUAGUCACAGAGUGGUGGAGGUUGGAAGGGACCUCUGGAGGUUGUCUUGUCCAACCCCCUGCUCGAGCAAGGUCACCUACAGCCAGCUGGGACCUGGUCCCACUGGUCCAGAAAUCCUUACGUUAAUCUGAAACCUUUUCUCUGAAGCUAUACUUAAAUCUGAAGUGCUUCAGGCCCCCUUGGGCCCACUGCCUUUUCAUAAAUCCAUCUCCUAGUCCUGGUUUUGUUGUGUGGCAAGAGUCAGUUGUUUGUUGUUUUGUUGUGUUGUUUUUUUUUUUUUUACCUUAGCCAGUUUGAUCAGCUUCCAAGAAGAGGAGCUGAACCCAUUUAUUUGUAUUGAGGGCUUGACAAAGCUUUGAACUGGUGGCACUGAGGAGGAGGUUUUGCUGCUGGAAGGGUUCACGUUCCCCUGUGAAAUUGUUAGCUGACACAGCGUCCAGAUUCUUCUUGAGUAAAAACCUGAAUUGUAGCUUUCAGUGCAGUUAUUCCAAAUCAUACAUACGUACUCAGCAAGAGCUGGACUGCUUCCAGUUAGGUGUUUUUAAAGCAUUUUGAAAUAUACUUGCAUUCUUCAAACUGUAAUUUUAUUACCAUUCAGUCUGAUUUUCAGAGAGUGACUUUUAUUGUCUCCACUCAAUAAGAGCUAACCUGGACACUACAUGCAAAGUGUUGCUGCCUGCAACAAGUUGAUAUUCUAAGUGCCACUUGUUUAAAAAAUGUUUUGUUAAUUUUGUGAAUACAUAUAUUAAUCUUAUGAAUGCUACGCUUGCAUUGUUUUUAUGCAACUAGUUAACCGUUCCUUUUUCCUCCACACCCGAUUCUGAAGAUCUUUGCCUGCACUGACAGCAGUGUGGUCUGUAUGGGGAGGCUGGGAAAUGAGGGGGAGUGUACGCCUUCUGUCAGUAAGGUACUACAUCCUCUACCUUUCAAAGUACCUAUAGAAUUGAUCAGGGCACCUUAAAAAAAAAAAAAAAAAGAUUUUCCAGCUUCUGGGCAUGGAUAUUCACUGCUUAUUUAUUUAUUUUGUAAUAAAAUAGUACUGUUUGUUCUCACAUAGACUAGUGUGUAUGAUCCAUAAAUAUGUUUGUAAAAUAUAUCUGUAGCAUGUAACAGAAUCCUUUAGAAUAUUCUGUGAAAAUUCGUAUUUUUAGUUGAUAGCACUUUAAGAACAUUUACAUCCUUCAUCUUGACAUUUUUAAAUAGAACAUUUUUUUCCUACAGAAGUAAGUUUACAGCAUCAUCACAGUAUUAUAGCUUGUUUAAAAAUACAUACAGCAUUAAUGGUAAUUGCAAGCAAGCUAUAUACUUGAGCAGGGUUUUUGUUUGUAAUUUUACAUGUUUUCUACUUUUUAAAACAACUACGUAUAUUAAUAUUACAUCCAUCACUUUGUUAGAAAAUAUUACUUAUAUGCUACUCACAAUAGAUCUGUCAUUUUUCUGUGACAUAAUAUUACAGGCUAUGAAAAUAGAAACACACCAUUGUAGUUGGUUUAAAAAUAAUUAACAAGCCUAGUUUAAAAAAGCGCAUUAGGCUUGCUCUUUCCUUGGUAAGUGAGGUCCCACUAAUGUUGGAUGUCCUUAAUCCACUUAUGGUUGGAAUGCCGCUAGCACCUCUCGGCACUGAACCUUACGUGAAAGAAAUACUGACUUACCACCCCCUAACAAGUUUAGGGCUGGGUCCCGUGUGUUUUCUGCCUGGAGCUGUUGCUGAAGACAUGAAGAGUUCUUCAGCUACGGGCUUUCAGGACCAGGCUGCUACUGCUGAGUAUCUGUGAAUCUGAUUUACUUAAGACUCCCAAUUGGAUUUCAAAAUCUUCAGCCAGAUGAUUAGAUCAGUGCAAGACAACACAUCUCCACUGAUUUUUAUCAGCUGUGUUGGUUUGCAUUAACCAAAAUUUGAUCCUUUGCCUUCCACAGGCCAGUGGAUUUUUUGAAAGAGUGCGAGCAACAGAUUUUUUACUGUUUUAGUAAUACAAUAGAGAUUAAAAAUACAUGAUUGCGUUGGUUUUACUUUGCACAAAUGAGACUAAAUAUAUAAAUAUAUAUAUGUAUAAUAAAGCUGUAGGAAAUCUCCAGACUGCUAACAACUCUUAUAAAUGAGAUAAAACAAGGAUAUAUUUGCUUGGAAAUUUCAUAGUUGCCGUUCUUUAAGUAUUUUCAUUUUCAGGUAACGCAAGAGUAUUUCACGGUGGAUCUUUUUUUUUAUGAAACGAGUCCAGACGUGCUUUGAAAAAUGCUCUUUUCGUGGUCUUUCUGAUACUCCUCUUGUGCUUUCUGCAGUUUUUUACCUCUCAGUUUCCACUUGUGAAAACAGUAGGUUACUAGAGAUGUCAUUAUCAAAGAAAAAAUAAUAAUCAGCACUAUUAUCAGUGCAAUAGUGGAUGAGAGGGACCCCUCGAGCUGCUUAGUUUCACUGUCUCUGGUUGUGUUUAGUUUAGCAAAGUUUUCAUAGUCUGUUGAGGCCAAAAGUGCAGGUACGGGAACUUCUUUGAACUUGGGCCUCAUUGGGAUUCAGUAGUUGUUCUCACUCGGUCAAAAUUUUUGAAGAAGCAAAGGACUAUGAUUCCCUCGUCACCUGUGUCAUUCGUAAGACAGUUUUCUCCUCGGGUUCUCCAGGCAUAGAUGAGGCUCAGCAGCUUGCUUUGUUUAUGAGGCCAGGGAGCACAGGAGUAACGGUGUGUGUCACAAAGUUUACAGCACAGGUCAUCUAUAUCCCAAGUUGUAUAAGUCAGAAAUGUGUGUGCACUGUUGUUGUCUCUAUCAAGGGGUGGGGGAAAGCUGCUUCGCUGACUGCCACUUUGUGAUUCUUUGUUUUCUUGAAGAGGUAAUUGAAGAAAAUUGAAUCAAUUUUCCAGUAACAUUGUGAUGGCAGGGCUUAUCCUCAGGCUUAAAAGAAAAACAAGCACUGCAACAAGUGUAGUUUAUAUCUUAUGAAUUUGUUCAGUGAGAGGUUUUUUUUCUUCCCCCAAAUAUUCCCAAAAGAGUGAAAUCAAAGGCGUAUUUUUUUGCUGAGGGGCAGGCUUGGUUUUGCUAACGUCGUAGGCAUUAACAAAAUCAGCUACAAAUCAGGAGCUCUCAUGUUAAUGAAGGGUUGUUAUUUUCCCCUCUUCUUUGAUAUUUGCUCUCAGACUUGGCUUGUCUGGAGAGGAUUUUGAUUUGGGGUUUUUUUGUCCUUGUUAUACUGGAGCUUAGGAGAUGUCCUCACUGAUUGCAAAUCUGGAAUCUGGAAAAAU